CUCGACAAUUUUCCCCCAAUGCAUCCAUCAGCCAGAUGUCUAUCUCCAGGCUUCCUCAAGCGGAGUCUGGACGAAUUCAAACGACUUUCCAAUUUCGCACUCAACCUUGAAGGCCUUAAAGUCCCAACCAAAGCCUACCCCCUCAUUCUAUUCGACUCCCCCGACUCCCUCACAGCAUGCAAGCGCAUGUCCGACAAAGACAUCGGCGGCUUCUCGACCGCAAACCUCGACUUCCAUCCCUCCACGCCCACCAGUCCCCCGCACGCGCGCUUCUACGGUAACAUAUCCAUCGAGCUGCCCCGUGACCAACCUCACGUCCAACGAACCGGGUAUGCCGCCUGGCGAACCCUCGACCGCGGAUACACCCUCUUCGGAAAGUCGUUAUGGGACGUCGAUCCGUAUGUCUACCUCGCCAUCCACUUCAAAUCCGACGGUCGAAAAUACUUUAUCAACGUGCAAACUGAAUCAAUUGUACCGACCGACAUCCACCAACACCGACUGUAUUCCAAAACCCCGGGGGAGUGGGAAACGAUUCUGAUCAAGUGGAGUGAAUUUGUGCGGACGAACCACGGGCAGGUUGUUGAGCCGCAGCGCGAGAUGUUGACGCAAAAGGUGAGGACAGUGGGGAUUGGAUUGAUUGAUCGUGUACCGGGGCCGUAUGAUUUGAGUAUUAGUAAGAUGUGGGCGACGAGUGCGGGGAGUGGGGAUGAGAUUUUGAGAGAGAUUGAGGGGCCGAUUACGGGAUUGCCUAUGAGGUCGAGUAGACAGGGUGCUUUUAAGAACUUGACACUGGAGAAGAAAGAACCGCCUGAAAAAGUUGUAGUCUAAGAAACCGUUAUUGUCAAGCAUAUGGAGUGGCUGGCGUUUGGGCACUGGGGGCUUCGAAUCGAUUCAGCAGGAGUGUCUGGCAGGCAUCGCCAUCUCAUUAUGUGGCGUAAAAUACGUUCGAUAGCUG